AAUGCAGAGGCUCCAUAACCUCCCGAGAAAGGCAGGGAGAAUGGAAAGAGGGAAUAAGAGGAGGAUCUAGGCUGAGCUUGGGAGUCACCGAGAGGGAAGGAAGGGGGUCUUGGAGGUGUGACUGUGCUCAGGACAUCCUAGUCUGGCCCGGCCCAAAGCUGUGGUGGCUCGCGCGCAGCCGUCAGGUGGCGGUGUUCCAUUGGCUGCGUGGCGGCUUUGAGACCCCUCCUCCCGCACUCCAUUCCUCCUGGUUUCUUUCUGUGCGCUCUUGCUCCAGCUCCCAACGCCCUCCCGCUCUCCAGGCCGCGGUGUUACCCACACCGCACCGCCGCUGCUAACCCGCGACCAUGGCGCACCGGGAAACACCAGGCGCCCCGAAGCGUCCUGGCCUCACCGUGCCGGCCCCGAGCUCCCAUGCUCCGCCGCCGCCUCGCUGGCCGCGCUUGUGGCCUCUGCCACUGCCACUCCCGCUGCUGCUGCUAAUGCUGGUGGCUGCCAGCGGGGCGGCGGGGCACUUUCCCGAGUCCGGGAGCCUGGGUCCCAGCGUGCAAGUCACCCGGCUGCUGUACGCGGGAGGCCCGAAAUCCGGCGAUUGCGAGGAUCCCCAGAAACGAGGAUCCGAGCCCAGCGCUCCGCGUCCUGGUCCAGGUCUUGCUUCUGGUCCCAGCGCAGAUGGCGUCCUAUUUCCGGGCCAGGGGCGCAGGGCGCUGGCGGCGCCGGUGGCCAUUUCUGCCUCGCGCAUGCAGGUCUCGCUCAUCAGCACGUCGUUCGUGCUCAAGGGGGACGCGACACACAACCAGGCAAUGGUGCACUGGACAAGCGAGAACAGCAGCGAUCCAGUAAAAUUUGAGGAUGUGGCAGUGAACUUCACCUCAGAAGAGUGGGCUGUGUUGGAUUCUAGUCAAAAGAAGCUCUACAGAGAUGUGAAGGACACGUUUUUGAACCUGAUCUCCAUAGAUAUCAGGGGAUUGUGAAAGACCAAUGAUAUGAAUGUCAAAAUGACUGUGAUACAAACCAGCAACCUAUUCCAGACAGUAUGAUCAAUAAAGAAAUGCAUUCCAGAAUAAGAGUUCAUGAGACUCCAUUGCAUGUAAGACACAUUAUUGGUUAUUUAUCUUUACAUGAGUAUCUAAGAGAAAAAACCUAGAGGGAAACUGCUGCUGUAUAAGGGAGUUUUGUCAAAAACUUUUAUAUAUCAGAAACAUUGGAAAGAUAUCAGUUAUUCUUAAUCACUUCAGGUAUUUGAAACUUCUCCUAAAGAGAAACCCUGUAAAAAUCAACAAUGUAAUGAAGCCUGUAGGAGUCUCUGUUUUGAUCAGCCUCAGGAGAGAACUCAUACUGUAGAUAAACUCAAUGAGGAUGUCUUAGUAAGAUUCCCGUAUGGCCAGAAUGAUGAAGGAAUCCAUAAAGAAGUGGAACAAUUUGUAUGUAGUCUCUGUGAAGAAUCCUUCAUCGAUUCCAGUGACGUUACCAACCAUGAAAAAAGUCAUAUUGAAGAGAAAAGGUACAUUUGUAGGCAAUGUGGCAAAACAUUUAAAUAUGUAACAUGUUUUGAGAGAUAAAAGUAACUCACAAAGUAGAGAAGCCAUAUGCUUCUAUACAUUUUAGAAAAUCCUUCACCAAAUUCAGUGUUUAUAGAAGUCAUGAAAACAAUUACAUUGGACAACAGCCUUAUGCCUGAAAGCAUUGUGGAAAAAACUUCAGCAGUUCUGUGUAUUGUAACCUUCAUGAAAGAAUGCACAUGGCAGAGAGGCAUUAUACAUGCAAGCAUUGUGGGAAAGCCUUUUUCUCUUCCAGUGAUCUGAAUAUCCAUGAAAUAAUUCACACUGGAAAAAAAGCCUUAUGCAUGUAAGUAUUGUGGAAAAGUUUUCAAUGACCCCAGUGGUUCUAACAGACGUGAAAGAAUCCACACUGCAGAGAAACCUUAAGCCUGCAAGCAUUGUGGAAAAACUUUACCAGUUCUGCAUUUUGUAACAUUCAUGAAAGAAUUCAUACUGGAGAGAAACCUUAUGCAUGUAAGUUAUGGAAAAUCAUUCCCUUGUUCCAGUACUUGUAACAUUCAUGAAAGGGUAUACAUGACAGAGAGUCAUUAUACAUGUAAGCAUUGUGGAAAAGCCUUCAACCACCCCAGUAGUUGUAACAGACAUGACAGGAGCCACACUGCAGAGAAACCUUGUGCAUGAGCAUUGUGGCAACGCCUUCAACAACCUCAGUAGGUGUAACAAACACAAAAGGAGCCACACUACAGGAAGCAGAAGACUCAUACAUGCAAGCAUUGUGAAAAAAACGUUUUCCUGGCAUAGUCAUCUGAACAUCCACGGAAUAAUUCACACUGGAGAAAAAGCCUUACGUGUGUAAGCAUUGUGGAAAAUCAUUCAACAACCCCAGAGAAACCUUUUUCAUGUAGGCAUUGUGAAAAAACCUUCACCAAUUUCACUUCCUGUAAGACUCAUGAAAAGAGUUCACAUUGAAGUCAUAUAUAUUUAAGCAGUGUGAAAAGGUGUUUUCUUGUUACAGUCACCUGAGCAGUCAUGGAAGGAUUUACACGGGAGAAAUGUCUUGAGAUGUAAACAUCUUGGAAAAGCCUUCAGUGACCUCAGUAGUCAUAACAUACAUGAAUGAAGUCACACUAUCGAGAAGCCUUAUUCAUGUAAGCAUUGUGUAAAACCCCUCACCAAUUUCUAUUCAUGUAAGGUUCAGGAAAGAGAUCAUACUGAAGGGAAGUGCUAUGCAUGUACGCAUUGUAGAAAAGCAUUUACCCGCUCCAGUCAUCUGAACAUCCAAGAAAGAGUUCGAAUUGGAGAGAAGGCUUUUGCACAUUACAGGAAAACUUUCAACACUCCAACUUCUCCUGAUUUGCAUGAAAAAAACACACUAGAGGAAAAACUCUUUGUGUGUAAAAGAUGUGGAAACUGUUCAUUCUAUUGAUGUUAACAGGCAUAAAUAAAAUAGUUGACUUGAAGGUAAAGCCUUAUGCCCAUAAGAAUUGUGGAAAAGCCUUCAGCUGCUCUUGUGAUCAUAACAGACAUGAACCUCUUCACACUACUCAGUAGCCUAAUGUGUGUAACCACUGUCAGAAAGCCUUUACUAGAUUCACUUAGUAUAAGAGUAUAACCAUUCCACUGAAUAGAAACCUUUUGUAUAUAAACAUGGUAUAUAAACUAUUUCUUUGUUCUUGUCAUUUUAACAAGCAUAAAGAUCUCACACAGUGUCUGUAUUGUGGGAAAGUUUUUAGCACAUCCAGUUUCUGUAACCCUCAUGCACAGAUCUAUCCUGGAAAGAAUUGUAAUGAAUAUAUACAUUUAAGUAUUGUUCCAAGUCUUCAGGAGUUUCUGUUGCCAAGAUGUUCUAAAGAAUUCACUCUGGGGGGAAAAAAGAAUUCACUCUGGAGACAGACUUUACAUGUAUGACCAUGUGAAAAAUCUUUUAGCAACCGCAUUUCCUACUAUACUCAAUAACUUUUUUCACUGGUGAGAACCUUUAUUUAGAAUAAAUGUGGAAAAAUACUCAAAGUGUUUAGAAUGAAUGAAACUUAAGUGUGUUUGUCCUUUAAUUUUUAGUAGUGUGUUCCAGAAUUUCUGUGUUUUAAGUCCCUGCUGAAGUCCAUUGUGAUCUCACAGUGAAAAGAAGUAGUGUGUAGAACAAACAUCAGUAGUAACUCUGUAAUGCUGAGUUGGUAAAUUUGCUUCUUUUGUGGGUAAUGAAAGAAUGUUCUGGGAACAUGAGAUGUAUCAGCUCGUAAUGAUUCUUGCCAGUAAAUGUGAUUAUCUGCAUUGCCU